GACCCACGAGUUUUUAGUCGAGCUAUCAGAUCAGAUCAGACCUAAUGUUUACGUUUAGUAUUGUUUACGAUGUCUUUAAAACGUGGUAUCGAUCAUAGUAGAUCUGUCGAACCUACUAUGAAUAUAUGCGAUCUGGACGAGGAUUCACUGGCUUGUGUCUUCCAGUAUCUUCUUCUGGACGAUCUAGAUCGGUUGGUGCGCGUUUGCAAGAGAUUUUACCAGAUCGUUAACCUGCAUGUGUACGCCAAAAAGAGUGCUAAUCUUUUGCGUACAGGACAUCAACGGCGAAAAUUUACCCAUGUUCCUAGCAGGGAUCUUCAUUACGACUUCAGUUAUCGGAAACGGAUAAGCCUAUUUGAAAACUGGCGUUAUGGGCGGUACCGAGAAAUGCAGUUCUUUUACCACAGAAUGCUGUAUUUUUCUCACAUUUUACUAGAACGACGGUGGCUGUAUAUGUCUCACCGAGGCCAGCUGCGAGCGCAUGAACGUAUAGCCAAAGGUGACAAAGUAUUGAAAGGUAAAGCUAGCUGGAUCGUAGGAAGUUCCAGAGAUUGCGACAUCACUUGGAUGGAAAAGAAAAAGGAUCUUGUGUUCGCGGGUCGAACGGAUGGUUCUUGUUUUGUGUAUGAUUGUUUAAGCGGCUAUUACAGGCAACAGCAGCUUGCAGAAGAAUGUAUCACGUCUGUAGAUUUUGAUGGCCAACUGUUCGUUUGCGCGACCAAGUCUAAAUCAACAUCUUUUUGGACUGGACUCGAAGGUAGGGAAAAUUUUGGUCUGGAACGACAACUUCAACUGGACGAUGGCUACCAAACGAUAAAAUUAUCUCCGAACGGAGCAAAUCAACUUGCGGCUGGAAAAUACUGUGACCGUGAAAAGAAAGCAUUGAGGUUGAUCGAUGUUGAAAGCGGAUCGACAUCCACGUUGAACUCUCCGACUCGCGCCAUUUAUCACGUACAAUGGAAAGAUUUCAAUACGAUAUUAACAGGAAACUUUGACACGACCUUUCGUGUGGUAGACAUUAGAACCGGACAGGAUGAAGCCGUGUGGACAGAUCCCUACGAUUCUUCGGUUUAUUGUUUCGAUUAUGAUGGCGCCCACGCAAUUCUUUGCGGAAUGAAACACAACUUCCGGGUUAAUCUGUACGACCUUCGCAUACAGAAGCGGUGCAUUCAGAUGUACUUUUCUACUAAGAAGUUGUCACACUACUCACCAGUCUACAGCCUGGCGGCUGAUUCCAGUCAGCUUUUUCUUGUGACAGACCAUGAUUUGCGGGUAUUAAAUUUUGAUGCAAAUCAUGUAGAAAAGAAAGACUAUACGUUCGAUUUAUGUAGCUGAUAUUCACUUUGCUUAAAAUCUUUGAAAGCUAGAAACUAACUUGGAAGAGAAUAAGAUGUCACAUGUUACCAAGUUGUGAAUAAAUCAAA